AUGGCGCCCGUUGACAUGGAAUAUUAUGAUCUGUUAGGCGUCAAGGCUGACGUCGGUGACGCCGAACUAAAGAAGGCGUAUCGCAAGAUGGCCAUACGGUACCAUCCGGAUAAGAACCCGUCUCCAGAUGCCGAAGAGAUGUUCAAAGAAAUUUCAAAAGCGUAUCAGAUUCUUUCCGAUCCCAAUUUACGAGCCUCUUAUGACAAGAAUGGAAAGAAAAUGGCCGACCAGAUAAAUCCUACCGAUGACACUCAGGGAUUCUUUGCCAGUGUCUUUGGUGGAGACGCUUUCGAGGAUUUGAUAGGGAAAAUAUCUCUCCUUUCUAACAUGAGUGCGAAAGCAGAGGUGCUCAUGACGGACGAGGAGCGUGAGGCAUUUGAGGCUGAAAGAAACGCUGCUUCUGGAUCGCCGAAACCUCCAGAACCUAGCCCACCGACGAACGAGACCCGUCCAAGUAAUCUGCUGGAUCCUGCAUCGACUGCUGCUGGUGCUGCAAGAAUGAGCUUAGCACCUGAACUAGUUCCUAAACCUGGGACGCCAUCGUCUGAUGCUUCUAGAUCUCCAGAGAAACCUUCGACUGAAGGGAGAGUGAAGGAUAAGAAAGAGCGAGCGAAGGCGAGGGCCGAGCAGAGGGAGAAGCUGACGAAACUGGAAGAAGAGAAUCAAAAGGCUUUGGAAGAGCGUGUUACAAUAUUGUCGCAGAAGCUCCUGGAUCGUCUGCGACCUUUCUUAGAGCUACAGAACCCGGAUGAUGUGAACGACCCAGGGAGGCGUGCCUUUGAAGAGAAAAUCCGAAAAGAGGCUGAUGACUUGAAAUACGAGAGCUUUGGCGUCGAGGUGAUUCCAUGCACAGGCAACGUUUACCUCAUGAAAGCUACCUCUUAUUUCAAGUCAAAGAAGUUCCUUGGGAUACCUGGUUUCUUCUCUAAAUUGAAGGACGUAGGUUCUACUGUAAAGGAUUUCUGGGGGUUGGCCUCAGGUGCACAUUCCGUGAUGAAGGUGAGUCAAUCACCAGGGGAUAUGACCAAGAUUCAAAAUGGUCAGCUACCCGAAGAAGACCUACGCGCCCUCGAGGCUGAUUUGACCGGAAAGAUCCUUCUCAUCUCAUGGCAAGGUACUCGAUUCGAAGUCUCCCAAGUACUGAGACAGGUGAUCGACCGAACUCUGAAGCACAAUAAUGGAGUGUCGGAGGAAGAACUCCUUCGACGUGCAAAGGGCAUUUUUCUUCUUGGGGCGAUUUACAAGUCAAUUGAACCCGACGAACCGGCUGAAGAAAGGCGGGAACUGGAGCGGUACGCGUUCUACCAUUGGAUGGAUCUGAUCCGCGUCAACUAA